UUCAACCCAUAGAUAAAAAUGUACCCAAUCACAAUUUAAUAUCAACUGUCACCACAUUUUAACUGAGGUUAUAAAUUUAUGACUCAAAUUAUUUUUUAAAAGGCGUGUUCUGUUAUAAUUUUAUAAUCAAAAUAUUAUUUCAACAAAAUGGCAAAGAAUACAUCAAGUUCAGCAUUUCGAAAAAUAGAUGUUGACCAAUAUUGUGAAGAAAAUUUUAAAGAAGACGAUGGUGAUCAAAGUGGGAAUACCGGACCCGACGAGAGCGAAAUUAUCAAUCUACUAAAUCAAGGAAAAAAUAUCGAAGCUUUAAAAGUAGUGUUAAGUAACGCUCCUUUAGGAUCAAGGAAUCAACAAGUAAAGGAUAAUGCAUUAAAUUUAACAUUAAAAGUACUACUAUCCAUUAAAUCAUCGUCACAAAUUGAAGAAGCUGUUGCAGCAUUAGAUAUUGAAUUAGUAGAUGUUUUAAUGAAAUAUGUAUAUAGAGGAUUUGAAGUACCAUCAGAGGGUAAAAGCGCUCAUUUAUUGUUGUGGCAUGAAAAAGCAUAUAGUGUUGGUGGUGUUGGAAGUAUUGUUCGUGUUCUUACCGAUAGUAAACGAGCUUAAAUAUUUUAAAAUUAUUAAAAAUCAAUUCAAUCAUGAAUACAGUUAAAAACACAUUUGCAUUUAAUUUUUUAGUAAUUAGUAUUUAUUUAGUUAAUCAAAUCAUAAUUAGGGUUGUAAGCAUCCACAAAUUAUAAAGUAUCGAAUAUUCUGGCUACUGCAAAAGAAACAUCUAUUGGUUAACAAUCAUAGCGUAAUAAGUUGUAAAGAUGUGCUUGUACAGUUUUAUUAAAGACUAUUCUGCGGGGGCGCCGUAAUAACAAUAUAACAGACGAUAUAUUAAUAAAUCAGCUAAUCGUCAAUUAAUAUAAGCGUCUUGAGUUUUAAACUUAAGAACGUCAGAGUAUUGUUGAUCUGAAUAUAGGAUAGUUACUCGAUUUAAGGUACAACCCUAAUGAUUUAUGAACGUUAUUUUAAGAUGUAUACAUCUAAGAUUCUAAGGCGUAUCUCCUAGCAUUCAAAAAAUUAUUUAGAACAUCAAAUAUCGUUAAAUUCGGAGUUUAGAUUAACCGAGGUAACAAAUUUUUUAAUGCCGAUAUUCCAAUAUAAUUCCCUACAAACGUUUUAGUACGACAUUUUCAUAUUUUUCGAGU